CUCAGUUGACCAGCGUCGCAACUGGGCGAUGCGCCUUCAAACAGAGACUCUACCUUUUUGCGGCGGAUUUGACAGUCACAUCGCAGCCUGCAUUCUCACAUCCUAAUGACAUUUAGUUGUUUGCCCUCGUCAGUGCUUUCCUCAGCUUGCGUCAGUCUAAUUUUGAGGGGAAAAAAAACUAUUCAGGACAAGGUUUUCGGUUGCAUAUCUGAAAACUGACCACUCGCAACAGGUUUUUUCCACCGUCUUGAACGAUCCCUGUGGGAGGAUUUGCUUUCAACAUACCGAUUGCUUUUUAUUUUGAAACCAGUCAGAGACAACUGAUAACUUUAUCGAAGAUGGUACGAGAAACCCCGGACAAACUCGCUUGAUUUUGGUCAUUUGUGUCCUCAGUUUGUGUCUAUUGGAGGCUCGAAAGCAUCUUCAGGCAGACUACAGGGAGCAGAGGCGGCUGUUUCACCGUCCACAGGCUGUUGUAAGGUGGGCAGGAGCAACCAGCAGCCAUGUUGUCAUUGGACGAGCCGCUGGACUUGAAGCUUCCCAAGGGACGGACAGAUGGUCCAGUCAAAUUAGGAAAGAGGGCUUGUCCUUCCUCUAUCUGUGCCCCUCUCAGCACCACACGACCACGCCUGCUAUGCACAACCUUUCCGUCUCCCCCCUCCUCCCCAGAGUCCCAGUCUUCCCCUCAAGAACGACCCGGGUCCUGCUUCAGUCCUCCAGCCAUGGACCUCAGCCUGUCCCCCUCCUCCCGCCAUGCCUCCUCCCUCUCCCCGUCUCCUUCCUCCCCCUCCUCCCCCUUCCCUUCCUCACCCCUGGAAUCCCCUCACUGCAGCAGCAGCCCUCAGCCACAUCUCUUCUCACGGGAACCAGCUCGUCAUCGAGGUCUGGAGGGUGGAGCUUCACCGCAAGGCUAUCCAUUUUACCUGCCGAUUGGAAGCCCACCGAGGGCAUACAGCUUUCCCUCCUCCAUGUUCAUCGCUCAGAACAGAGAGAAGCAAGUAUCACCAGAGCCCUCAUUGGACGGUCAGCUGGCCUGCCGUUGGAUCAAGUGCCACCUGCUGUUCGACUCGCUGCAGGACCUGGUGGAUCACAUCAACGACUUCCAUGUCAAGCCUGAAAAGGAUUCUGGGUACUGCUGCCAGUGGGAGGGCUGUGCCCGUAACGGCAGGGGCUUCAAUGCCAGGUAUAAAAUGCUGAUUCAUAUCCGGACACACACCAAUGAGAAGCCGCACCAUUGUCCCACCUGUAACAAGAGCUUCUCACGUCUGGAGAACUUGAAGAUACACACCCGUUCACACACAGGAGAAAAACCCUACAUCUGCCCUUAUGAAGGCUGCAGCAAACGUUACUCCAACUCUAGCGAUCGCUUCAAACACACCCGCACCCACUACAUUGACAAGCCUUACUACUGCAAGAUGGCAGGCUGCCUGAAGCGCUACACAGAUCCCAGCUCACUACGCAAGCACAUCAAGGCACAUGGGCACUUUGUUGCCCAGGAGCAAGGCACUCCGAGCAGGCUAGGGGCGGGGCUGGGCCUCCCUGGUCGCCAGAGUGCUGUUGAACUGCCUCCUGUAGGCAGGGCCCACAUCAUCAUCCCUGGGGCUGCUGCAGCUCUUCUUGGGGGCCUGGGGACCUCUUUGCCUCUCUCUGCUUUCUGCCACGCCAGAGCCCUGGGCCACCAUGGGGCACCACUCUUCUCCAUGGGUGGAGGAAGCAGUAUCGGGCCGCUCGGCCUCUCGGACUCUCCUCUGUUACACUUUGGACUUUCAGCUGCAUCGAUGUUGGGGCUGGGAGCUCUUGGAGGUCUGGGACGGGUGGUAGGGAAGGAGACGGAGGGGGAAGAGGAAGAGGAGGAAGGAGAGGAGGGGGAGGUGCUGAACCUGUCUGCAGGAGUGGGACACAGACGAAGUGACCCUUUUUCCUGGGUGGUUGUUCCCCCUAGGGCAGUCCUUCUUAAACCAGCUGUUGUCAGCUAGGAUGUGUACUCAGCAGUGCAUAUAACCAGGGAGUGUGUCCAUGUUUGCGUGUUCAGAACAUAUAGUACAGUACAUGCAUGAUUAUGAUGAGUGUGUAGAGAGAGAGAGUGUGUGUGUGUGUGUGUGUGUGUGUGUGUGUGUGUGAGAGAGAUCAAAGGUCACUGUCACCUGCAGAGCCAUAAACAAGACCUUAGAGUAUUGGGUUGCAAAAGUCUUACACUUUAAAAGGGUCAGUUCACCCAAAUGAAAACGAGAAAGGAAAAAGAAAACGUACCCCUAGUUGUAUCCGGCAGAUAGAAUAUCCAUCACAUCAAGACAUAACAUAAAAGUACAAUGAGACUAUUUGCUUGCCUAACAUUUUCUCUGUGCUUCAAUGAGUUUCAGAGAUACUGGAGGUUUAUUCCAUUCAAAGGGCUCGUUGCCCACUGAACUUUGAAUCUAAAGGAUCAAAUCUGUUAAGCUGCCUUUUGUUGCAUAGUUGUCAUUGUCUUGAUUAGUCAUUAAAGUAGUUGGACAGAUAUUUAAGGACCUCAUUAGGAAAAACUGAAAACAGCAUUAA